AUGCCUCACUCGACUCUUCCUGACGCCCCUCGCAUCGGUAUCUCAGGCUUUGGGCGUAUCGGACGUGCCGUCUUCCGUGCUUCACUCGAGCGCGAUGACCUGCAAGUCGUCGCCAUCAACCACACCGCGCCGAACCUGAGGACCUUCAUCUACUCUAUCAAGUACGAUUCGACGCAUGGACACCUGAAGCAGGCGGACGAGCUCUCGGUCGACGAGGCAAACAACUGCCUCUACUUCCGCGGCCGCAAGAUCCAGCUCUUCAGCGAGCGCGACCCGCUCAAGCUCGACUGGAAGUCUGCUGGUGCAGAGUACAUUGUCGAGGCGACGGGGAAGCACUGCACGACGGCGACCGCAGGCUUACAUCUCAAUUCUGGCGCAAGGAAGGUCAUAAUUUCGGCGCCCGCCAAGGACAGCGAGACCAAGACCAUCGUCGUCGGUGUCAACAGGAAGGAUUACAAGCCCGACAUGGAUGUCGUCUCGAACGCCUCGUGUACCACCAACUGCCUCGCCCCUCUCGCCAAGAUCCUCCACGACACAUUCGGCAUCGAAGCCGGUAUGAUGACGACCGUGCACGCCUCGACCUCCUCCCAGCCCAUCCUCGACGGCUACUCGAAGAAGUCGGUUCGUCUCGGUCGCGGCGUCGGCUCCAACAUCAUCCCUACGACGACUGGCGCAUCAAAGGCUGUCGCACUCGUGCUUCCCGAGCUUGCGGGCAAGUUCACCGGCCUGUCCGUUCGCGUCCCCGUCAACAACGUCUCGAUGGUCGACUUGACGGUCAGGCUCCAACGUCCGGCUGCGACGAAAGAGGACCUGCUCUUCCCUCUUCGCGAGGCAGCUGCUGGACGUCUCAAGUAUUCGACGGGACCGAUCUCGAAUGUCAUCGCCGUCAACGACGAGGAGCUGGUCUCGCACGACUUUGUCGGCUGGCAGCAGAGCUGCAUCGUCGAUUCGGCCGCCACGACAAUGCUGAACCCCACGACCUUCAAGAUCAUCGCGUGGCUUCUCGAGCUCAUCGAGUACAUGUAUCGCAUCGACCAGACCUUCGCAAAGAACCACUCGCCGUAA